AUGCCCGGCGAAACCAAACAAGAUGAAACCCAACAUGAACGUCUUGUUUAUUCAUAUACAUAUACAUCCGAUGGUGAUGAUGAUGAAAAUCCUCAAACAAAUAUUGUUAAAGUAACAACAACAGUUGAAGAAGAAACAACACCCGAUGGUAUGAAAGUAAUACGAAAAAAAGAGGAAUCUCAAAAAUUAUCGAAAGUAACUAAAAUUGAAAAAACAACACGAGUACAUCGUCAUCUUAUUGAUCCAAUAACUGGUGAACUAAUUCGAUCAAGUGAUCCGAAAUAUCAAUCAUUAUUAAAACAUGAUACAAGUGGUGGAUUUCUACCUAAUUCACCCUAUUCACAAUAUGAUUGUGUAACAAAAGAAUUAGCGAAUGGAAUAAAAAAUUUUAAUAUAAAUGAUAAUAAUCAUCAUGAAGCUUAUUCAAAUGGAAAAAUACUUUCACAACAACAUUUCAAUGGAAAUGGUUAUAAUGAACCAGAAAAUAAUAAAAUAAAUACAGAUGAAAAAAGCAUGGGCUACGAUCCAAAUGAUCCAAAUUUAGUUGAUGAACCAGAUCUUGAUGUCGAAAAUCCAUAUGAAGGUUUAGGACCUGGUCGACCUGAUCCAGUUAGUCGUGUUCUUAUGCCAACAGCUGGACGACAUUCACCAGAUAGUAUUGGACAAGCUCCUCCUGGUUAUGGUGAAGAAUACGGAACACUUAGUCGUAUGUAUGCUCCGUAUGGUUUAAAUGAAGAUGAUUAUACAUCUAAAAGACGAUCACCUUCAAUCGAUACAGAAUUUCGAGAACAACAUUGGCGUGAUCCUGAUUUAGAAGAAGUUAUUGAAUAUUUAACUCAUACAAGUGAUGUUAUUAAAGAGAAUGCUGCUGCUUAUUUACAACAUUUAUGUUAUAAUGAUGAUAAUAUUAAAUCAAAAACAAGAUCAUUAAAUGGUAUUACAUAUUUAAUUGCGCUAUUAAAUCAUGAAAAAGUUGAAAUACAAAAAAAUGCUUGUGGUGCCUUAAGAAAUUUAUGUUAUGGUAAACGAAAUGAUGAAAAUAAGCUUGAAUUAAAAACUCGUGGUGGUAUUCCGGCUUUAAUACAUCUCUUACGUCGUACACCCUAUGAAGAUGUUCGUGAAUCAGUUACAGCUGUACUUUGGAAUGCAUCAUCAUCUCCACAUUUAAAAGGACAAAUACUCGAUGAGGGAUUAAAUGUACUUGUAAAAAAUAUUAUUAUUCCAUUUUCUGGUUGGGAUGCUGAUAUAAAUCGACGUUUAAAUCCACAAGGAAAAUUUCCACCAGUAUUUAAAAAUACAACUGGAAUACUUCGUAAUUGUUCAUCUGCUGAUUAUGAAGGUCGUCGUAAAAUGCGUGAAUGUGAAGGUUUUAUUCCUUCUAUUCUUCAUGCUGUAAAUUCAAGUCUUCAAUCAUUAAAUGAAAUUGAUAAUAAAUCAAUUGAAAAUUGUAUGUGUGUAUUACGUAAUUUAUCAUAUAAAUUACAAGAAGUUAUUGAUCGAGAUUAUGAUAGAAAUUAUCCAACAGCUAUAAAUACGACAUCAACAUGGAGUAUGACACCAGCACAAUCAAAUGAAAAAAUUAAAACGGGUUGUAUGAGUACAAAACAAAAGAAAGCUAAACAAAUCUAUGAACAAGCAGGAAAUAAUAUUUAUCCUGUUAUGCCACCACGUCAAGGUCGACCUGUUGAAAUGCUUUGGCAAUCAGAUGUUAUUGUUACAUAUGUUCAUCUUUUACGACAUAGUAGUAAUCCUGAUACACUUGAAGCAACAGCUGGUUGUAUUCAAAAUUUAACUGCUUGUUAUUGGAAACCAUCGAUUGAUUUACGUGCUGAAGUUCGAAAAGCUCGUGGUCUUGUUGAAUUAGUUGAUCUGUUACGUGUUGAUGAAUGUGAUUCUGUUGUUAAUGCAUCAGCUAUUGCUUUACGUAAUUUAGCAAUUGAUCAAAAAAAUUGUGAUGUACUUGGUGGUUGGGCUAUUAAAGAACUUGUUGCUGUUUUACCUGAACCAUGUGAACAACCAACAAAUAGACGUCUACAUUCAGAUGAAACACUUGCAUCGGUCCUAGCAGCACUCAAUGAAAUAAUACGUACAAAUGAAAUGAAUGCUAAAAUGUUAUUUCAAGAAGGUGGUGUGAUGAAAAUGAAAGGUAUUAUGAAUGCAAAAGCAAAUACUUAUAAUUCGAAAGUUAUUAAAUAUACUGCACAUGUGCUUAAUACAAUGUAUAAACAUAAAUCAUUACAUGAAUUUUAUAAACAAAAUAGUUAUAAAGAAAAUGAUUUUCUUAAUCAUCGUUCAAUUAAUUCAAAAUCUUUAACAUCAAGUCCACAAUCAACAUUACAUAGACCAAGAGGUGAUAUGGGACAACCAACACAUUUUACAACAAAAGGAAAACAAAUUGUUCGUCCACAAAGAACAGAAGAAUAUCGAAUGCAAAAAAUGAAUCAAAGUGUUGAUAAUCUAUCAAGAACUUAUGGAAAUGGAUUAACUCUAUCUCAUAUGGAUCCACAUGCAGAAUUAUAUGCAACUGUUCAUAAAACUCGACCACAACAAGUUCAACCAGCCACAUGGAAUCAACUCGAGCAAUCGCCUGUAUCACCUGAUUCAUGGGUAUAA